AUGGUCAAAGUAAAGAGACUGCCCUCACUGUUGCCUGACGAUCCAAAACUUCACCAUAUUGGCAACCCACCCAAGGGAUUCCACAAUCCAUGGCCCUCGUUCCACGGUCACUCUGGUGGCUUGUUGGGUCCUCUGAAACUACGUUUCGCCAGAGAUAGACCUGAAUUUGUCCCUGUCCCUACCGACCGAGAUGGACUCGUCCCUGUUCAGAAAGUCGACUUUACAAAUUCCAACCCCGGCUUCAAAGUGACGUGGAUCGGCCAUGCCAGUUUCUUACUCCAGACAUCUCGACCGGACGGCGCAUGUCGCGGCAUCAACAUCCUCUGUGAUCCCGUCUUCUCGGAAAGGACGUCUCCAUUCAGCUGGCUCGGACCAAAGAGAUACACGCCCACUCCGUGUCGUUUGACGGAGCUGCUUGACUCGGUCGACAUUGACGUUGUUCUGAUCAGUCACAACCACUACGACCAUGCCGACGAAGCUACACUGAAAGCCAUCUACGCGAAGAGUCCCUCCAACGUCCACUUUCUCGUCGGACUGCACAACGCUCGAUGGCUGACUUCGUUCGGGGUUGAUCGAGCCUAUAUCACCGAGCUGGACUGGUGGGAUGGCGCUGAAAUUGGUGUUGAGAAUGUCGGAAGCGUACGCAUCACCUGCACGCCCACUCAGCAUUUUUCGUCGAGAUGGAUCAACGACCGGAACCACGACUUGUGGUGCUCGUACGCCAUCCACGACCUCAACGAAGCCAGUAAGAAGAAACUGUACUUUGCCGGAGACACGGCUUAUCGAAGUAUUCCCAGCCAACACAUGACUCGAGAAGAAGAGGAUGCGCAACCGGUGUGCCCGACGUUCAAACAGGUCGGGCAACUACUUGGUCCGUUUGACUUGGCCCUUCUGCCCAUCGGGCUAUGCGAGCCGCGGGAUUUCAUGUCCAAUGUCCACGCCAAUUCGUGGGACUCGAUACGGAUUCAUCAAGAUGUGCGAAGCAAGAGGUCGAUAGGAAUGCAUUGGGGGACUGUGCGUGGUGGCUUGUCCAUGUACUACGAAGACGUGAGGACGCCCCCGAAGAAUUGGAAGAUUGCAGCAGAGGAAGCAGGGUUGAAAUGGGGCGAAGAGAUUGGAUUGAUGGAUAUUGGAGAGACUUUGGUAUUGAGUUGA